UGGUGAAAACCUACGAUUUGACAAUGCAGAAAGCUGGAGUGCAGUCAGCAUGCAAAAAUUUCACAAGAUAUUAGAAGAUUGCAUCCCGCAUAUGCGUUUCUUUCAAAUCAAUAGCGAAGAUUAUUAUCUCAAAAUCUACCCGUUCAGACGUAUUCUUCCUUCACAGCUUAAAAAAGACCUUAAAGCUUAUUAUUUUGCUCCUAAAUUACAUCUUAAGGAAAAAUUGGAAGGAUACGCUCCCCAACGUAGCAAAAAAAAAGGAAGGUACUCUAGUGAAAGAGAUCGCAAGAAAGAGAUCCUAAAGCUUUAUUGUGGAAAAUCAUUUUCAUUGUAG